UACUGCCAAAUCGCCAAGACCUGCCCCAUUCAGAUCAAGGUGAUGACCCCCCCACCCCAAGGGGCCGUCAUCCGGGCCAUGCCGGUCUACAAGAAAGCCGAACACGUCACCGAGGUGGUAAAACGCUGCCCCAAUCACGAACUCAGCCGGGAAUUUAACGAGGGCCAAAUUGCUCCUCCGAGUCAUCUCAUCCGAGUUGAAGGAAACAGUCACGCUCAAUACGUGGAAGAUCCCAUCACUGGGAGACAGAGCGUCCUUGUUCCUUACGAACCACCCCAGGUUGGCACAGAGUUCACCACCGUCCUGUACAAUUUCAUGUGCAACAGCAGCUGUGUCGGGGGCAUGAACAGGCGCCCCAUCCUCAUCAUCGUGACCCUCGAAGCCAGAGACGGGCAAGUCCUCGGCCGUCGAUGCUUUGAGGCUCGGAUCUGCGCCUGCCCGGGCCGGGACCGCAAAGCGGACGAAGACAGUAUUCGGAAACAGCAGGUCUCCGAGGGCACAAAGAACGGUGAUGGUACGAAGCGCCCUUUCCGGCAGAGCACACAUGGCAUUCAGAUGACCUCUGUCAAGAAGAGGCGCACCCCAGAUGAUGAGCUCUUGUAUCUCCCAGUGCGAGGCCGGGAGACCUACGAGAUGCUGCUGAAGAUCAAGGAAUCCCUGGAGCUCAUGCAGUUCCUCCCCCAGCACACGAUUGAGACGUACCGGCAGCAGCAGCAGCAGCAGCAACAGCACCAGCACUUGAUGCAGAAACAAAACUCCAUCCAGACUCAGCCAUCCUAUGGGUCGAGUUCUCCUCCGCUCGGGAAGAUCAGCGGCAUGAACAAGCUGCCCUCAGUCAGUCAACUCAUCAACCCUCAGCAGCGCAACACCUUGACACCCACCAGCAUUCCUGACAGCAUGGGAGCCAACAUUCCCAUGAUGGGAGGCCACAUGACCAUGGCGGGCGACAUGAACGGGCUCAGCCCCACCCAGACCCUGCCCCCUCCUCUCUCCAUGCCGUCGACAUCCCACUGCACCCCGCCUCCGCCCUACCCCACAGACUGCAGCAUCGUCAGUUUUUUAGCGAGGCUGGGCUGCUCCUCCUGUGUGGAUUAUUUCACGGCGCAAGGGCUGACCAACAUCUAUCAGAUUGAACACUACUCCAUGGAUGAUCUGGUGAGCCUCAAGAUCCCAGAGCAAUUCCGCCACGCCAUUUGGAAAGGCAUCAUGGACCACCGGCAGCUGCACGACUUCUCCUCCCCUCCCCACCUCCUGCGCACGCCCAGCGGCGCCUCCACCGUCAGCGUGGGGUCCAGCGAAACCCGCGGGGAGCGCGUGAUCGACGCGGUGCGCUUCACGCUGCGCCAGACCAUCUCCUUCCCUCCCCGGGACGAGUGGAGCGACUUCAACUUCGACCUGGACGCCCGUCGCAACAAGCAGCAGCGCAUCAAAGAAGAAGGGGAUGGAGCUCAUCCUCAGCAAUGUCAACCUGAUGACGAUGACGACGACGAUGAUGACGAUGCCUCUGCUGAAUCUUCAGUCUGUUCAGUGUCUCCUUCAACAUCAUCACCCAGUGCUCAGUUUGGGAA